CCCAUUCGGAAAGGGGGGGGGCUUGCAGGAAGCCAGCCGGGCUGGGUCCACCCCAAGCAGCCCAGCCUCGCGGUGCAGCCCCGGGGAGGCGGCCGUUGGAAGCCGCCGGGCACCGCCUCUCCUCUUCCUCCUCCUUCGGCCAUGGCUCGCCCGGCGGAGCGCGCUUGGCUGGCCGCCUUCCUGCGCGAUUGGCCCGUCCCGCUGGGCCCCGCCGAGCCGCUGCCUUGGAGCGCUCCCACCGGCCCGCUCCGGGAGGACGAAGCGGCGGCCGAGCUGGCCGAGCGGGCUCGCGGCUUCCUGGGCAGGCGGGAUGCACCCCCUCUUCUCGCCGCCUCCUUAAUUCACGCCACAGUCCUCGGGACUCUGCAAAGUGACCUCAGUGAUUUUAAAAAACAGAAUGCAGAACAAGGUGACACUGGCGACGGCGGAACCUGGCUGGAAGCUGCCCCUUUGCAGUGCCGUUUCUUUAACAAACUCUUGGAUAUUUGCGGCGAGUGGCAGAAAGAGCUUCCAGCCUUGAAGCCGGCUAAGCGCUACCUUCAGAUUUCGAUCCACGCGACUCGUAACACUCGACGGAAGAUGGAAGACAGGCACGUUUCCCUUCCGGAGUUUAACCAGCUGUUUGGCCUGGAGGACGGCGUCGAUCGGGCCUACUUUGCUGUCUACGAUGGGCACGGAGGCAUCGAGGCCGCCAACUAUGCUGCCACCCAUUUGCAUUUCAACCUGGCCCAUCACAAGAAGCUCCUGGACAGCCCAGCAGAAGCCCUGAGAGAUGCCUUCCAGAAGACGGACGAGAUGUUCCUCUCGAGAGCCAGGAGGGAGAAGCUGCGGAGCGGCACCACGGGUGUAUCUUGUUUCCUUGUGGACGACAAACUACAUAUAGCCUGGCUGGGGGACUCGCAAGUGAUGCUGGUCCAACAAGGAAAAGUUAUAACUCUGAUGGAACCUCACAAACCAGAACGAGAGGACGAGCGACAACGCAUAGAAGAUUUAGGGGGUUGCAUAACAUACAUGGACUGUUGGCGUGUUAAUGGCACUCUGGCUGUUUCCAGAGCUAUUGGGGAUCUCCUGCAAAAACCUUACAUCUCCGGCUGCGCGGAUGGCGCAUCCUUUGAGCUGACGGGGACGGAGGAUUACAUCCUCCUUGCCUGCGAUGGGUUCUUCGAUGCCAUCCAGCCGGUCGAGGUAGUGGACCACGUCUUGGAGCACUUAACGCGAAACCACGGAGAUGGCCUUCAGACGGCGGAGAAGCUGGUGGCCGCGGCAAAAGAAAGCGGUUCCACUGACAACAUCACUGUCCUGGUGCUGUUCCUCCGUGAGCCAAAGGACAUCGUCGCCGACUGUCUCAGAGACCCCAAACCCUGCCCUGUGGAGGAUGGCAAACAGAGUUCCCUGUUCAGCUUCUUCAGCUCCGGUGCCAACCACUGAAAGGGCGUCAACUCCAAAAGCAACAUCUGCAACGCGGUCGAACUCCAAAUCAUCCAGUGGGUCAGCAAGUUUUUAAGAUUAGCUCUUCCAUGUUUGAAAAAAAAACCAAAGAUGGCGCCUAGAAUGAAGGCCUCGAUUUGACCUUGAAGAGAAAACCCAUCCAGCGUGUCCCUUAACCCAUGGGUGGUAUAACGUCAGACUCUACAGCUGGAGAAAGGGUAGGGCAGGAGCGCCAAGCUUCUCUUGGAGGCAUCGUCAGGAAGAGAAAGGGUAGACUUAACUUUCUGGCUGACUUGGUUUUCCGCGGUCAAGGGACGGGGCUUGAACGGAGAAGGUGUCAGUCAGGCUGAAGUGAUAAUAUAGCUCAAGCUUAUCGUAAAAACAGAGUUCAGAUGGGCUGGAGGAGUUGAAGGCCUUGCUUCUUGAGAAGUUCCAAUGUGUGUUCACCUCUUAUGGUGUAGGGUUUCCUGCUUGAGCAGGGUUGCUGGACUAGAAUAGGGGUCUUCCAACUUGACCCUUUGAUGACUUGUGGACUUCAAGUCCCAGAAUUCCUCAGCCAGCAUAUGCUGGCUGAGGAAUUCUGGGAGUUGAAGUCCACAAGUCAUCAAAGGGCCAAGUUGGAAGACCCCUGGACUAGAAGAUCUCCAAGGGCCCAGCUCUUGUGAUUCUGUUGUUUUAAUUGAGGAGGCGCCAUUGGAAAUUACUUAAAUCGCGUUCAGCUGAAAGGGGGCUGUGUUGGGGGGGUCUU